GUUUUGUAUGACGUCACUUAUUAUGCGACGUCAUCACUGGAGGCGUCUCGACCAAUCGACGCUCAGAUCCUCAAGUUCCAACAUGGCAGAUUCAGCGAGAGAGCAGAAGCUGGCUGCUGCCAGGAAAAAGUUACGACAGUUCCAGAAGAAGAAAGGCACAAAACGCAUGGUUGAAGGUGGCAGCAAGGAUGGCGGCUCAGAAGUGGAGGGUAGCUUAACAGAGGAAUCAAGUGUACAGUCCGAGUCAGGCACUCUUUCAUCACGUGCAUCUUCGGUUGAUUUGGCUUCAGAGGAAUUCACUGAAAUAAGAGAGGAUCCUACUUCUAGAGAGGAUUCUGAUGCCUUAUCUCAUAAACAGUCCCUUCCUCAGAAUGUGACCAAUGGUGAGAAUGGAACAUAUUCAGCUGGUGUAAUCCAUCAAAUAUUUCUUCCUGAUGCCUCUGACCCAGGAACUCAAAUUACAGACGGGGAGAUGGAAGCAGGAGCUUCAUCAGCUCUCUGCACACCAACAAAUAUAGCGCACGUGACUCAGAAUAAAUUAGAUUUAUCUGAUGUAUCAUCAACUUCUACCUUGCCCCAUGAAAUUGGGAAAUUGGGUAACAAUGAUGUAUGUAUGCUUGAAUCAUCAACUUCAAGAGUUGAAGAUGAAAGUAGUUGUGCUGUAGUAAACGAUACGCUCACACUAGGUGAUCAACAAACACAAACGAUAAAUGAUGAAGAAAGCCAUAUAGUAAACAAACUUGGUUAUUCCUCUCAACUUCCUGUGGCAGAAAAUAAAAUUUUUACCCAUGAUUCAUUUUUGUUAACUCCCCAGUCAUGCUCUGAUAGUACAAGCUCAUUGCCAGUGCUAUCACACAAUGAAGCAUCAUGUAAUGUAAGCGAAGAGGUUGUCACAAAUGUUCCAUUCAUCCAGCCGACAGAAACUACCGAACAAAAAUUUUAUACGAGAGAGAGCAAUCCUACUUGCCAGCGUGUAACUUCAUCAGAUACCACUUUACUACACCUCUCUCAAGAGGAACUAGGUACAGAGGUUUUUCCCAGUGACAGUAAUUCUGUACAUGAACAGCCAGAUUCCUCUGAUGUAUUUGAGGGGGAAGGAUCAGUUAGCUCUGAAACAUCAGCAAGUGUGACAACUGCAAUACAUGUAUCCACUGGCGAGAGUCAAGACCGACCUAUACUGAAAUCAUCUUCUGAGAGCUUACGACAAAUAUCCCUACAACUCAGUGGCCUUAUGAGUGAAAGUGAGGCUUCAGCACCUGCAUUGCCGAACAUGACAAUAUCUGAACUAGAACGCCGAAAUGCUGAGUUGGCUGCUCUCUUGCAAAAUGAGUCUCAAACCUCUAUGCAACAAGCACAGUACACAUUCCAGUUGAAAGCCCAGCUGGAGAGGUUGGAAGCAGAGCUGAGUGCUGCCCAGGCAGUCAUAAACUCUGCUGCAGGUGGAGGAGCAAGAGAAGUGGAGAGCUUGAGAGAACAGCUCCAGGUGCAUAUUCAGACUAUUGGCAUUUUGGUAUCUGAGAAGUCAGAGCUGCAGUCCAAUCUUACUCAUGCCAAUCAUGCUCUCAAACAAAAGUCAGGAGAAGUAAUAGAGCUUGAUGGGCGUUUGAGUGCAUCACGCCAGCGUGUAGGGGAACUUGAAGCUAGUCUUAAAGAUCUGACUUCAAAAUGUACUGCUGCAAAAUCAUUACAAGACAGUCUUUCAAAAGAGCUUGAUGCUUCCAAGAUGGCAAAUUUCAAAACCAACAAAGUCAGUGAAGACCUGAAAGCAUCUGUUGCAGAGUUGACUGAGCGUCUAAGUGUGAAGACUAGUGAUUAUGACAAACUGUGUUCCCAGCUGACAGAUACCAAGAGUCAGCUGGCCAUGGCACAGCUGCAUGUACAGCAGCUGAGAGAUGGUACAAGUGAAGAAAUACAGUCACAGCUUGAGAAGGUACAGGCAUCUCACUUAGAGAGCCAGAGACAACUUCAAGCAACUCAAGCUGCUCUCUCUCAGGCACAUGCUGAGAACUCUAAGAUAGCGUUGCAGUACCAGCAGUACACCACACAACUGGCAACGCAGACUCAGAGUUUGCAAGAACAAAUGAAGCAAUUGAUGAUGGAAAAAGAAGCAUUAGCAGUGGCUCUUGAAGAGACAAAAGCUGAGCUUGAGGCCGUGUCACAACCAAGUCCUUCACCAUCCUUUAAUCACGCUGAAAUGGCAGCCGAGAGCGAGCGUUUGGACCAGUCUGUUACCACAUUACAAGAAGAGAAGCUCCAGUUAAAAGAACAAAAUGCUGCUCUGAUAAAUGAUAACAACCAACUUUCAAAACUGGUGGACCAGCUGUCUCACACUGUGGAGGAACUCGAAAUGAAGAUGGAACGUAACAAAACGGAAGAGGUGGACACAUCUCGGCUUCUUGCAGCCAUGCAGAGUGACAAAGUUGCAGCUGCUCGUGCUCUCACUCAAAAUAAGCAACUUAAAGAACAGCUGGAAGAACUACAGAGUGGCUUUAUCAUAAUGAGCAACAAGAAAUUAGAACUGACAGAGAAGUUAGAAAAAGAAUUGCAUAUAAGAAAAGCUCUCAACCAAGAGAUCGCAACGCUGAAUGAAGAUUUGACUAACAUGAAGCAACAUUUAGUAGACAAAGAUCGUGAGAUUGUCACCCUUAAAGAGAAUGGAGAAUCUCUUGGUAGACAGUUGAUGUUGUCACGAAGCCAGAAUAAUGCAAGUCAGAUGACACAACAUACCCAAGAAAUGACCAAGGAAAUUUCAAGAUAUGAAGAGCGUGUGAAUGAACUAGAAGAGAAGCUAAGAUUAUCUCAGGUUGAAAUGGAAGAAUAUUCAAAGCAGAACUCUAAACUUCACAGCCUUAUAGAAGAAUAUAGUUGUCAAGCAAGAGGGAAAGAUGAAAGUCUGCAGUCAGUGAAUGUAAACACUACACAAGACACAAGUUUGCCAAAUGAUGAUGAUGAUGAUGGAAGUAAAAAGCUGAUGGCAAAGAUAGCUACACUGACAUCAUCAGUAAGCAAACUUGAGAUGGAGCGUAACAAUUUGCAGUCUCAGCUGGAUGCAGAGAAGGCAAGAUGUGCAAAAUUGUCACAAGAAUCCACAGUCAGAGAACACCUCUCCGAAUCUGUAAUAACAUCUCAACCAACAGCAGCAACAAGCAAAGAUUCAUCAAUAGAAAGUUUCAAGAGCUUGCAGGAAGCUCAUAAAGCCCUGGAAGAAAGAUUUAGUCGAUGUAUGUUGCAAGUAGCGGAGCUGAGUGAUGACAAACAACGUCUGGAACACGUAAUACAACAACUGCAGCUUGAGACAGAAACUAUAGGGGAUUAUAUAACAAUUUACCAGUUCCAGCGAGGAGUGAUGAAACAACAGGCACGAGAGCGUGAACUAGAGCUGUCUAGCCUCAUGCAUGAGCGAGAGGAAAUGAGGACUAAGCUUGCAACUUUACAGGACUUGAUGGCAUCUCUGGCACAGGAAAAGGGACCCGACCAAGAGAAGCUGAUCAAAAUGACUCGGGUUAUCAAGAGUCAGUCUACAGCCAUGCAUGGUGCAGAGAAUGGUGGAGUUCCACUCAUCAAUGGUAGUAGUGAAGAAGAGGCUACCGAACAUACAUCAAUAAACACAACAAAAGCUGUAAACAUGGAGGUACAGCCACUCCAAAAAGAAAGUAAGUCUUCCACUACUGACUCAAAUGCAUCUAGAAGCACUAAUCAAUGCCACGUUGAAGAAAAUUCAUCAAAGAAAACAACAGCCAAGAGUCCAACUGUACAGAGAAUAUUGGACCUGCUAAACGAAAUGGAGGCUACCAGUCAAGUUGAACACUGUGGCUUGCAAAAGUUCCAUCCCUGUCCCCUGUGUUCAGGAAAGCUUAUAACUGUAUAGACACCCUAACCAACAUAAUUGUAUGGUUAUAGUGCAAAAUAAAGGACAAAGAACUUUUGAAUCAUUGCACAGAACGAGACCGGUUGUAGAUCAUUACCUCACUUAACACCAUUAAUCUUUUAUUCUAAGAUUGUUGCAGUGUCCCACAACUUGUGUAUAGUUAUGGGUAAAAUAACCAUUCUUCAUCUGUUGUCUUGUGCUCAUUGGAUAUUUCAGUUUUCAACAGUAAUAUGAGUUGUAUAUAUCUUGCAAUAAACAGUUUUAGCUACUGUACUUACUAGGAGAGUUUUUAUUAAGUUGGCUGUGUCAGGUGUGUAAGGUUGGAUAUUAAAAAAAUAAACACGUAUAACUUUUAUUAGACAUUUAUUUGAAUCAUUGCUGUCCUAUUAUUGUAUAUCACACAAACUACUGUCCAUAUAUUUCAAGUUAGAUAUAUAGAUAUAUAAAAUGUCAAAAUUUUCACAAAAUUAGUUGUAUGUGUGUGGUGACUUUCAAUAAAACAUGUAAGCUUGUAAAACAAAUCCACAUAUGCAAUGGCAUGGUUUUAAAAUGAUCACUGUUCAGCCAUAUGUGUAAAACUCAACCUGGCAGUGGUCUGCUUUCUCGGCUCGCAGCCAAGAGACCCGGGUUCAGUCCCUGGGCAGGGCAGAAACAGUUUGCAGCUUUUCCAUCACCUGAUGACGCUGUUCACUUGGCAGUAAAUAUGUAACUGGAAGUUGGAUAUUGUUGUUGAUUGCAUGCUGGGGAAGGUUAGAAGUCGGUGUAUAAAGACCUAAAGAAGGUGUAUGGAGAAGCCUAAAUACUGUACAGGCUUCCAGUCCCAGACAACGAAUUAAAUGAUUAAAUGUCGAAAUAUUUUCCCUGCCUAAUGUGCUCUCUUAACAUGCAUGUUGUAGUGAGCGUUUAAGCUGCGUCUUCGUUCAUGGUCACAUUCUUUAUCAAGCAUAGAGCAGCUUCAAGGAGGAAAACUGUUUCACUAGGUGGUGCUGUUUAUACCUGUAGUGUCAUUAGCAGUAUUUUCUUCGCUAUCACCAAAAAUGUAGAAGUCUUUAGGUUUCCUUUUGGCAAUGCGUGGCUCAUUCUUAGUGCAUUAAACUAUGUCUAGCUGUCCACCUCACCAUCAAGGUAGUGGUCAUACUUUCCCGUUUGGUCUUGUUACUCUAUUUUUCAUUGACAAUAUGACAAUAAUGCUGCUGAUAAACACUGCCUUUUUAUAUCUAUUACAAUUUUACAUAUAACAAGGUGGCAUCAUUGACUAUUAUUAUGAGCGAAGUCGUGUGAUUUGUCCAACUGUACUUGGUGCUCGUGUGAACACUAGUGCUCUUCACUUGUCAGCACGGCUUUGUGUAAAACCUGCUUGCAUAACAGUGAAUUAAAACAAUUUACUGAGUUACUCAAAAUAAUGUUAUUUUUUUAUUAAAUAUAAAAAGCCUAUACAGUACAGUAUAGUAGAAUAAAUGAUUUGAAAAUAAGUUGCAAGAAUCUAAUGGGGAAAGUGUGUUGUUGAAAUGAGAUUUUUUCUUGUAGUAUUACUUAUGUUAAGUUACAUGUGGCUGUAGGACUUAAUGCAGUAACGAAGUUGAGGCUGAUAUUGAUGAAUAUUCUUUACAGUAAUAUAUUUUGGGGAACUGUAUCCUGUCUCGGGAACUAUCAAAUACACCCUAAACCCAAGAGUGUUAAUACAAAGGAAUAUAUUUGCCAGUUUACUGGGAUGAUUAAAACAAUGAAGCUGUAAUCUGUGCUUGAUCUUAUACUUUGAGAUGUGUCACUAUUAAAUGUGAACUACAAAAUUUUAUCUAUCAUUUAUUACAGAUUUGUAAUCGGCAUGUAUGAGGUUAUAAAUCGUGAUCAAUGGCCCACAGUCAAAUUUUAAUGGCUAAUAUAAUUGCAUGCAUUCGUCUGUUUUGUGUGAAAGUUUAGUAGUGUAUCUAAGUGUGAACACACUAUAUUGUAAUAUUAUUCCUAGAGAGAAAUGCUUUAUUAUUUUUUUGCAUUUUGUAGGUUGGAUGAUUUCAAAAGCAUAUAAGGUGGGUUCACAUUAAGGCUGCUUGGAUUCACUGUGCGCCGGGGCUUUUAUACUAAUGUUUAUUUAAAAGGGAAAAUUCAUAUUGAUGCUAAUCGUAAAAAAGAAAUCGUUGUGAUAUUUUUUUCAAGAGUUGUUAUAAUAAAAAUAUAAACCAAUUUUACUUAAUAUUUUCUAUGUAUUUUGUAAAGUCUUUCAAUGCUAUUGUAUAUCAUCUUAGAAAGAGCAUUGAAUGUAAACUAAGCCUUGUAACUGGUAUUAGCAGCAUCAGUUUAAGCAAAAUUGUCCUAUUUGUACAUAAAAAAUGCACAUGAUGAGCACCAUGUUAUAGGUACUCUUAGUAGAUAAAAGUUGUAAGUACAUUUUAGUGAUAGAAAGAUGAGGUUUUUGUUUGCAUUCUAUAAGAUUGGUAUGCAAACAUUGGAAAUUCAGUGACCGUAACGAAUAUUGACACACAGUGUUGUAAUUUAAUUCAGUACAUUUUGUCAUGUAUAUAAAAAAAAGAUUGUAGCCAAAGUAAUAAUUGUUCUUGGUUUCAAAAUAGCAAAACCUUACAUUAUCGAGGGUGUCAUAAAGAAGCAUUAAACCAUAUUGAGGUACAGUACCAUUUCAGGAACUGAAAGCUCUUAAUUUGAUUGUGAAGUUUCCCCCUAGCUAAGGGCAAAAUUAUAGCCAUGUGGUCAUCCAUUCAGUGUCUGUCCAGACUUGGCAGCACUUUGCUAACUGAGCAAUACAAAUAUCAUCCAUAGCGCUAGUAUUAUGGCAGUUUCCAAUUACAUUCCAUUAUAAGAUAUCUGGUUGGUUCCCACCCUACACACGACAAAACUAUAACGUUGUAACAACUUUCUAGCAUGCCACAAAAACUUUAUAACAAGUUGUAACAAUAGGGACCAUUAUGUUGUGUGUUUGCAAGGUUAUAGGUUGUUCUUAAGGCAGAGAUACUAAAAUGUAGCUAUACAUUAUAUACUUGCAACUCUCAAAUUAGUAAAAAUUUAAAAGGUGGACUAGAUGUGACAAGCACAGGCAGCAUCAAUGGUAGCAGAAAGAUUAGUUACAUUUACUGUACUUACUGGUUCUCGUGGCCCACAGUAAGAACACUGGUUCACAUAUAAUAGCAAGACAUAUUUCAGUGGAUUUUCACAGCAUUCUCCAGGAUACGUAGAUGAUGAUGUCUGUAAAACAAAAGCCCUAGAAAAGUACUUGACAAUUUAAAAAUAGGUCUACUACUGUAAUACUGUACAAUUCAUUAAACAUGUCGGUAUUCUAUUUGCUCUAAUUCCGAAGAAUAUAUAGCACAAUGUUUUCCAGUUACUGGCUGGGGCCUAAAAUUAACCAAUGAUUUUAGAUGCCUUAAUUAUUCUGGUCUCGACUUUAGAAUAUAGCCAGUACAUGAUCUUGUGUUGCAGAAACACACAGCAGGUAGCAUUAUUAAGCUUAUCUCAAGAUGCUGGAUGUGAUUUGGGAACUGGCAGUUGAAUCCAGGUGUCACUUUGUCCUCGACUUGGAAUCGAGGAACCCGGGUUCAAUCUUCGGACAGGACAGCACUGCUUGGGCAUGUUUCCUUUCACUUGAUGUACCUGUUCACCUAACAUUUAAAUAGGUACAAUACCUGAUAGGCAAGUGUCAUGGGUUGCAUCCUGGGGAAGCUUGGUAGUUGGCCUAGAGAGACAUUGAUCAGCCUAAGUACAUGUUCCUGUACCCAGCACCAGGAAUUAUUAAACUUGCUAAUGAGCAAAGGCCAUUUUGCUCAAACAUCUCACAGGAUUUCACCUUUGGAUGUGAUCAACAUGGAAGCUAGUAUGUCAAAUGAUUUUAAGUUUUCAUCAUUGUUCUAUUCUUGUGUUACUUUAAAUUUCAUCCAAAGCACUGGAAACAAAAAUAAAUCUAAUCAUUAUUUCCAACUUUAUUUUACUAUAUUGUACAGUACUGUAUUUUGAUAAAUUGAAAAAAAUGUAAUCACAGUGCUGUGUUAUCUUGCAUUCUCCCACAUGAGAAGGAACAACAUAACCGAGAUUUGCAUUAUAAUGCUAUAAAUUAAGCUUAACAUGAAUAAUAACCAGCCAUUCAAUCUUAAAAUUCACAAAUUUUAAGUUGAUAAAAUACAGUAUUGCAAAUGUAUUUAUUAAGAGGAGUGUAAUUUAACUUUUUUUUUUUAGAUAAACCAUAGGUAAAUUUCAUGCCUGUUCAUACUGUCCUGGUCAUUAACAAUCCUAGUCUGAUAAAUUACAAUUAUUACUGUAUCUCUAAGGACUCAAAGAAGUAUCAUAACUUCAGAUGACACUAUUAUUGAUUAAUUUAACCAUUUGAAAAUGCUGAGUUUCCAAAAGGGUGCUUCUCUCUUGCCAUGCUGCUCUUGUGUUGCAAGGUGUGUGCUGUGAGAUUUUUCUAUUCCAUUUUAUCAUAAUAGUAUUUUUAUUAAAGUUCUGAAAAUAU